AGGAGUAGGACCGGAACGAACGACUUCAUAUCGGAGAAGGAGAGGAAGCGCGUGCGAUUGGCGGUGGGGAACGGGGAGAGUCGAGCGAGGAGGGAGACGACGAAGCGCGUCGCUCAGAACAACGAACGGUCGCGUUUACGCACACAGCAACGUAUAAAGGCUCACUGGUCAGAGACACGUCCUUCCAAUACCUUCCAUCGUUACACUACUCUCACACCAUUUACCGCGCGUCCACCACCGUCCCGCCCAUCCCGCUUUCGUAGUCGUACAUCUUCUCCAAAAGAAGGAAAGAGAGAGAUAGGGAGUCACAGUGUGUCGGCGUGCGUCUGUAUGCGAGCGAACGAGCGAGGAGCGGUCGAGGGCGCGGAGUAGCGAGAGCGAGAGAGGAAGAAGAAGAAUAGUGCACACACACAGGGGCAAGAUGUCGAGUCGCGAGUCGAGUCGCGAACGACUGGCAGACGGCAGUGCGGCUGUAGCUCUGGCACUUGGCGUUGCGAGUUUCGGAGUUGAUUAGUACGACAGGAGAAGCUCGUCGUAACGCGUAUCCUGACCUGCCUUGCGCUCGUUGAUCGCAGAGGAACCGAGACACAACGGGCCUCAUCGUCGCCCAUUCCUCGCGAUCGGUAGCCUGUCGCUCCCUCCCUCCCUUCGCCGCGCGUGGGUGUGUGUGUGUGUGUGUGCGUGUGCCUGUGUAACCUAGAGUCGAGCUUUCGGCCGUCAGUGAAGAUGUCGCGGCUCGAGAAGGACCGCACCAAGCAGAUACAGGCUAAGUGCCAGAGCCUCCUGACGCAGAUGCUGCGCGAUGAAGAUAACAAAUACUGCGUCGACUGCGACGCCAAAGGACCAAGAUGGGCCAGUUAUAAUCUCGGUAUAUUUCUGUGCAUCCGAUGUGCCGGUAUUCACAGGAAGCUUGGAGUUCACAUAAGCAAAGUCAGGUCUGUCAAUUUAGAUACUUGGACUCCAGAGCAAGUCGUGAGUUUACAACAAAUGGGAAAUUCUCGUGCUAGAGCUGUCUAUGAAGCUAAUCUCCCAGAUAGUUUUCGAAGACCUCAAACUGAUUGCAGUUUAGAAAGCUUCAUUAGAGCAAAAUAUGAACAUAAAAAAUAUAUCGCAAGAGAAUGGGUUCCACCGCCAUUACCAACGGUGAACUGGGAUAAGGAAUUAGACGAAGAAGCUGAAAAGCAGCGUAGGCGAAAAAAGGAAACUCAAAAGUCUGCCACAAGUCAGAGCGCACUACCGCCUGUUAAAAAGCCAGAAGUAGUACCCCAAAUACCAAAACCACGUAGCUCCGUGAGUCCGAAGCCUAAUAGAUCAAGCAAUACAGCCACGUUGGAUUUACUUGGCCUUGAUGCUCCAGAAAGUCAAACAACCACAAACGGUUUAGCAUCAGGAGAUGAUAUAUUUUCUUCGUUUUUAUCGGCGCCACCAGCAUCUGCUGCUAGUGUAGCGAAUGGAACUUUAGCCGAAAGUAACACCACGAGUAAUUUAGCAAGUAAGUCGGAAGAAGAAAGUUUCUUUAAUCAGCCAACACCAAUGCCACAAGAGAAAAAUAAAAUGACAAAAGAUAGUAUUUUAGCAUUGUACGGUACUCAACCAACGCAACCAUUUGGAGGAAAUAUGUUUAGUCAACAAAUACCUGCUCAACCGUUUCAGCAACCAAUGCCAAACGUAGGGCCGUUCAAUCAAUCUCUAAAUCAUUCCCUUCAAUCACAAAUUGGUAUACCAGGCAUUAAUCAAAUGAAUAUCGCAACCAAUCAAAUGUGUAUGAAUUCUAAUCAAUUAGGUACUGUCGCAGGAAAUCCUUUAGCUAAUAAUGCCGCCAUGGCUAUGCAAGUUCAAAUGCAGCAAAAUGUGACAAACUCCGGCACACAGAUGGUUUUAGGUACCAAUAAUGGCUGGAGUAGCAUGAUGUCUACACAAAAUUUACAGCCAGCACCAGGAAGUAAUCCUUUUUUAAAUUUGAAUGCUCAACAACAACCGAUUCAAUCAUUUAAUCAUCUACCACAACAAAUGUCUCAGAUGUCCCUUGGUGGGAUGAGUUUUCCUACUCCAACGGGAAAACCAGCUCCUGCAUCAUUAUCGAGUCAAACACUUUCAACGAAUUUAUGGCAGUAACAGUCUUUGAAGUUAGUUUAUUCGUUUGGUGUUUUUAUGCUAAUAUUGGUUGAAUCGCGCGUUUGUUGAUCGAUAAUGUUUAGAAAGGGCAAUUUGGAACAC